AUGGCGCUCAACCGCGUCGACGGCCCGGACGAGCUGUAUGUCGGCGGCGUCUUCGCCCUGCGACGGCCAGGAUCGAUGGAGGACAAGGGGAUCGCCCAUGUCCUCAGCAUGAUCAAGUACAGCUUUGUGGACUGGCAGGGCUUCGAGGACCGCUACGUGCACCUGAGCGUGGACGUCGAUGAUGUCGACGACGAGGAUAUCCUGGUGCACCUGCCUCGUGCCGUCAGGUUCAUCCAGAGGGGUCUGAGCGGAGGACCAGGGGCAUGGCCGCGGGGCACGAUCCUGCCAGGCGCAAGGUCAACAUCAGGGGCAGACAAGGGCGAAGGGGGCGCUAACCUCUCGCUAAAAGAUGAGGCGAGCAAGACCGACCCAGCCCAGCCUGGAGCCGUGUUCGUCCAUUGCGCUAUGGGCAAGUCCCGAUCCGUCACUGCCGUCGUGGCCUACCUGCUCUGGAAAUACCCUCACCGGUACGGCCUCACCCCAGGCAACAGCAAGCGUCCCGACGAGGAGACGGCGCGUACGGCAGUGCAGGCAGCACUGGACUGGGUCCGCAAGACGCGCGAGAUCGCAGAGCCCAACCCGGGUUUCAUGAAGCAGCUGGAAUUGUGGGUACAGAUGGGCAUGCCCGCGGGCAGCGACGACGCCGUGGAGCGCCAUGGCACGUACCAGCGGUGGCUAUGGGAGCGUGAGGUCGAGGAGAGCGCCAAGAUCGGCAAGAAGCCUGACUGGAUUAUAUUUGAGGACGAAACCGAGGCCCCGAAGGACAAGGGCCAGGCUGAAGGCGGGGGACUGGCAAAGGACCUCCGUUGUAAGAAGUGCAGGAGGGUCCUUGCGACGCAUCAGUUCAUCGUCCCUCAUCAGAAGGCAGCAGCCGGUCAAAGCCCAUGUCCGCACCACUUCAUCGAAGCCCUGUCCUGGAUGAGACCCGUCCUCGAGGAGGGAGCCCUGGACGGGCGGCUUGUAUGUCCGAAUCCCAAGUGUGGGUCCAGUAUAGGUCGGUACGCCUGGCAAGGGUUCAAGUGUAGCUGCGGCGAAUGGGUGUGCCCUGCCUUCUCCUUGGGUGCCAGUAAGGUGGAUGAGGUUAUCGUCAGAAGUCAAGGAUCCAAUCUAGGCGGAGGUGAAACUGCUGCUUCCAGAGCGGCGGCGAUGGGCAUCAGGAUGCCGCCUGGGAAGCAGAACCUAUAA